UGACAAAUUCCGUAAAACGCCGAUUUAUUAUUUUCAGAUAGAAGAUGGCCCCACGUAAAGGAAAGAAGGAGACCAAGGAGGAGGUUCAGGUUCAGCUUGGACCUCAGGUUCGCGAGGGAGAACUGGUGUUUGGUGUUGCACACAUCUACGCUUCAUUCAACGAUACCUUCGUUCAUAUCACUGAUCUUUCUGGCAGGGAAACUAUUUGCAGAGUGACCGGAGGUAUGAAGGUGAAGGCUGAUCGUGACGAAGCAUCUCCCUACGCUGCUAUGUUGGCCGCCCAGGACGUUGCCGAGAAGAUCAAGACCCUUGGAAUCACUGCUCUGCACAUUAAGCUCCGUGCCACCGGAGGUAACAGGACCAAAACUCCCGGACCCGGAGCACAAUCCGCUCUCCGAGCUCUCGCCAGAGCAGGAAUGAAGAUCGGCAGGAUCGAAGAUUGCACUCCCAUCCCCUCCGAUUGUAACAGGAAGAAGGGAGGUCGUCGUGGACGCAGGCUCUAACUUUUAAUCUGAUAAUCUUGGAUAAAAACCUUGUGUUAUAUUUCAGA